AUGCCAUACCAACUAAGGGAACUUUUUGUCACACUACUUUUAUUCUGCGAAGUAACUGAUGUAAAGACACUAUGGGAAUGCAGCUUCAAGGACCUCUCAGAAGACAUAGAGCGGAAGAAAAGGAGAUUAUUUAAACAUCCAGAGCUCAUACUUUCAGAAGAUCAGAUAAGGACAUACACGCUAUUGGAAAUAGAUAGGAUCCUGGUGAAAUUUGGAAAGUCCUUAGCAGAUUUCAAAGAGAUGCCACAACCUGAUUUGACGGGAGUGGAGUCCAUGGAUAACAGGCUUAUAGCAGAAGAAAGGCUCUAUGACAUCAAACAACUACAAGAAGAUUGGUCAACAAGAAUCAGAAGCUUGAACAAAGAGCAAUUAGAUGUUUAUGAUAGAGUAGUACAAGCUGUUGAAAAGGAUACUGGGGAGAUCUUUUUCCUGUAUGGUCACGGAGGAACCGGGAAGACAUUUUUGUACUGCACCAUCUCAGCAAGGCUCAGGGCAGAUCGGAAGAUAGUUUUAAAUGUUGCGUCAUCGGGUAUUGCUGCACUGCUUUUGCCCGGAGGAAGGACAGCUCACAGCCGGUUUGAAAUACCGAUAGACCUACUAGAGAAUUCAACAUGUAACAUCAAGCGCAAAACACAGUUAGCAGAACUCCUCCAACAUACAUCAUUGAUUAUAUGGGACGAAGCACCCAUGGACCACAGAUUCACAUUUGAAGCCCUUGAUCGCACUAUGAGAGAUAUAGUAGGAUAUAAGAAACCAGAGGCAGGAACUAAGUUAUUUGGAGGAAAGGUUGUAUUACUCGGAGGGGACUUUCGCCAAGUACUACCAAUAGUGCCAAAAGGAGGCAGGCAAGAUAUCGUCCAAGCGUCUAUAAACAGGUCCCACAUAUGGAAUUCUUGCAACGUGUUUGUUCUUAAACAGAGUAUGAGGGUACAAGAAGGGGAGGCCGAGACAGAGAACUACAAAAAGAAUAAGAGGUUCAAUGAGUGGCUACUAGAAAUGGGUGAUGGAAGGCUUGAAGUACGAUCGGAGGACCAUGAAGCUGAAGGCACGUGGAUUGAAAUACCGGAUGAGUAUAUAGGUGACGUAGAUAUAUCUGAUCUACACGGGAUUGUGGAUACCAUUUACCCAAAUUUUGAGCAGAAAAGAUGUCAAGAGCAAUAUUUAAGGGAGAGGGCAAUACUCACUCCUUUAAAUGAUACCGCAGACACCAUAAACGAGUACAUGAUGGGUCUCUUACCCAUGGAAGAAAAGACAUACAAGAGCUGUGAUGAAGUAUGCUUAUCUUCGACUGAUGGCGAGCAACAGUUCACUGCAUAUCCCACUGAAUAUCUAAACAGUUUAAAGUUAUCAGGCUUACCACACCACGAGCUGAAGCUGAAAGUAGGAAUGCCGGUCAUGCUUCUCAGGAAUAUCAACCCACCACAGGGGCUGUGUAACGGAACUCGCCUAAUUAUAACCCACCUCGGAAAGUUUGUAAUCGAAGGAAGGAUCAUAACAGGAUCGAAACAAGGUAACAAAUAUCUAAUACCCAGAAUUGUCAUGACAUCGACGGACACCAAAAUACCAUUCAUCUUGAAAAGAAGACAGUACCCUUUAAAGCCUUGCUAUGCCAUGACUAUAAACAAAAGCCAAGGUCAGUCUCUCUCACAUGUAGGAGUUUACCUGCCAAAACCCGUUUUCAGCCAUGGACAACUCUAUGUGGCGGCAUCAAGAACAACUUCCCCGGAGGGCCUUAAGUUCUUCAUUGAUGAUUCCUUCCAAAAGUACAAAAGGCACACAAAGAACAUCGUCUACAAGGAAGUAUUUACAAACUUGCCAAGCAUGUUUAAGGAAAACAAUUGA